AUGGCACGGCUAGAAACGCGCGAAAUUGGUUCGAUAUCAAAGCUACCAAAUGGCAAUGUGUGGAAGCAGGUCACAGAGCUCAAUACGAUAGUUACAGAAGUAGAUACAGCCAGAGCUGCGCAGCGCGAAGCGGAGGAUCGCGCUGAUCAGCUAGCCAAUGAACUAGAAGUGGCUGUUGAAAGGAUACAUACCCUUGAUAAAAGAUUAGUGGAUAUGAAACAUGCUACAUCGGUGCAUCAGCUUCAGGCUAUGCACGGCCGCUUAAGACUCGAAAGUGAAAACAACAAGGUACUAAACUGCAAUGGGUCAGAGGGCAGCAUGUUUCCCCUUCCAACUAGUGACGAAACGAAGCAGUGGCCUCUGGCAGCUCGUAGUGUCUUGAAUCGUCUUGUUUCACAUUCGGAAGGACUUGUUAUGAAAAAUUCUGAGAACUCACGUCAUUCAUCUUUUCAAAUUCAAAAACUGGAGUGCUCUUGUGAGAAGCUUGAACAUAAACUCAAAAUGAAAACCGAGGAGUUGCGCCAAUUACAAGACGAGUGUCUUUCUUUGCGCAAAGAGAAGGAAAUUCAACGCUUGUAUGGUGCUCAGUGGUAUGAAAAGCUGCAGGAAGUGAGAGAAGAGGCGCAGCUGGUAUCCGAGCUUGUGCGCAUCUCCAAAGGUAACGCCGAAGAAACAGCUCUUUCUUGCAUGACAGCGGAGAUUCAACAGGAUGCAUUUACCAAGGCCAAUGCCCAUGGGACCGUGAUCAUAUCACAGGCUAACCAAGCGACGUUAAGCAAGUGCAAAGGAUUCGCACAGCAGGUUCUUCAAGACAUGCAUGCAGUGUCGCAGUUCCUGUUGGCUCUGCGUGACAUGGAUAUUUGCGAAACGAACGGCUACAAGAUCCUUCAGAGCCUCGCUGAUGGGAGUGUUCCGCCUGAGAGUCUAUUCCUUGAUGCAAAGACAGUACCUACCAUACACAACACUUUGGAAAUAGAAAAAAGGAAUACGGUGUCUUGUAUUAAGGAGAAUAAAGACCUUGUGGUACGGGCUGUCGAGCGCGCGCUCGAAAAGGGCUUCCAAAUAGCGUCGGAUCCUAAGGAUUCAAAAACGCAUACUACUGGUUUUACAGAGGAAUCAGGAAAAUCAAGCGAGGAAGUUUCACAAAAUCAUGCCCCACAUAACUAUCGUGGGAGCACAGAAGCUUUUUCUAUCGACAAGGUAAUCUUUCGCAAUCACAACGACAGUGAAUAUGACGACGAGAUCGUAGAAGCGGAUAAGUUUGAAGAAACAGAUAGAUCUAGAUUGAGUAAAAAACCAACAAGAUAUAAUUCAGAACUGGAGGCAGAAACAUCAGGUCAUACAGUGUCAUGGCCCAGUAAUGAAAUUUGGGCUGAUGUUGAUCUGAAGAAAGUCUCCCAAUCUGCAUCCUAUGGGUCACAAAUGCCGACGACAGGAUUGCCACUUCUCCCACAUAAUGGUGACGUUGAUUUAUCCAGUUCAUACUACAAACAGAGGUCUUUGCCAUACACAUCUCGCGGAGAAGUCGAAGAAAAUCCCGACAUCUGCUCCAUGUCACGGCCACCGCGCUUCUCAUCAAAUUCAGUCUGGAAGUUCAACUACGCUGGUGACUCAAGGCGUUCGGUGAACAUCUCUGAUUCUACAGUGUUGUUCCCCUCAGAGCACGCACGUCGUUUUUUGGAUAAAUGCGAGAAUCGCACUAGAGAGAAACCCCUUGACUCGGGUAGCAGUGCCUGUGCUGGCUCGACACUGUCACUUUCAACAUCACGACGAUUGAGCCAGACCAAUGAAUCAUUGUCAACCCGAGUGAUUCCUUUACAUGAAGCAUGUAAACCGGGGGAAGACAUUCUAGACGAAAAUUAUGGCUUUUCGAAUGGCGUGGCGGCACCCACACGGCUGGAACAUGCUUCAUCGGUUUCGGAGCAAAGAAUACCUGAGGUGGCUGUCACUUUUAUCCAACAAAAUGCGAGCGCUAACGCUUCUACACCCUCAACAUUUGUCAAUGGUUUUCAACAGGAUGUAAUGGCAUUCGGUGAACAAAAUGUUAAAUCAGAAAAUGCUGAACACGUUGAUAAUGACGCAAAGUCUUCAAUUAUACCCAAGACCCCAAAAUCCAGAGAUAUGGUCGGGAUAAUUACAAAUGAAGAGUCACCGAUACUUGAAGGAAUGGUUGAUACGUCUCCCACUAUUGAUCACUUCAAAUCCAAGCUUAAAACACUCCAUACGCAGGAUUAUUCCACACCAACAAGGCAGACUGACGAAAUGAAUUCUACUGACUCACCAGCUAUAAAAUUUCACGAUCUUGGAACAGGCCCUGACAGAGCUAGGAUUAGCCCAUGUACAUUGAAGGACGAGCUAGAACAAGACACACUAACCACUCUUCCGCAAGAGGCUGUCUUUUUGCCAUCCCACAAGGCAAAUUCCAGUGACAUUCUCUUAACAAGUAUUUUUCCUAUUCCUCAUAACAACGAUGAAAAUGGGUUAUACAACGCGACACAACUUCUCCAGCCCAAAGAACGCAGUGCCACGAUGCCGCCGCACUCACAGAGUGAUAAAGCGGGUGACCAAUACACCCACGUACAAUAUCCGACGGGUGUGCACGAGGCAGUAUCACGCACUAUUGAAGACGCCGCGGAGGAAGCAGGAGAGGUGGUGUUAAGCGCACUUUCUAUCGGCAGUGUAUUGAACAAGCUUGAGCCUGGUAAAAUGAUGUCCGUGCCUAGAGCGCAUGAUCAUAACGAAUCGACAUUAGAAAUUUCAGCUCCUUUCGCAGCAUCUACGACGCAUCACCUCAAUACUUCUGCUUUCUCAGCCACUUUAUCUAGGGAACUUGACAUCAACUCGCAGGGGUCUCGACAAAUCUCAAACAACGAAAAGCAGUCACAAUCCUCAAGACCGAAGACUCAAAGUAACGACGACGAUAAUGAUAGCAUGCCUUCAUUGGGUUUCUUUAACAGUACCAUUAACAUGAAGGAAUCACAGCCUGGACAAAUGACUGUACAACUUUUAGGACUUAAACAUCUAGAAAAUGUUGCAUUUGUAAAGGAGAAGUUUAUAAACGAAGACGACUCACUGCAGUCGACGAUGCUGUUAUCUGAAUCCGAAAAGUAUAGAGUGUUACCUCCAGAGGCACACCCUAGUGCCCUUGAUUCGACUUCUUCGAUUUCGGAAAACAACAAAUGCGUAGGGAAGGACACAAUUGAGACGUUGCAGCGACAGCAGUCAAACCACGAGUUUGGAAAACCACCCGCCACGGGGAGUUACAGCGGUUGUCAGGACAAAGGAACAAAACUUACUCGUCAAGUCCCUGUAUCGAGUGGGAUGGAAAGACCCACGCUGCCACGACUCCAAAGUUCUCUCUUUUCUGGGGAAUCUCUAUCUGGACUGAAUAGCACCCAAGUUCUUUCCCCCAACCCUGUAGCUGCUAUUAACACAGAAAAAUCGACACUACCACGUCGUGCGACCCCCGCCAUGCCCGAGCCUCAGUCCUCGACAAGGCUCCUCGGUGAGUCCUCUGCUUUCGUACGGUUAUCGCCAUCGUCAGAGGAGAAGGUUAAAGUCAUCCGGCAACACCGGCAGGACGCCUCACGGGAAAGAGUGGUGCCUGACGAGGAUGGAAACAACGGCCCCGAUGGGGCUGCGCACAAAGACGAGAUUCGUCCUGACGGGAGGCUGCUGAGGGGUCAAUUACCACAACCACAGGCCCUUUCUGAAGCUUUGGUGAUCUCAACCCCUGGCGGAGUUGAUGUAAAAGAAGAGAUCAAUGGCCACGGUGUUCCUGGGAUAAUAUUAACCGAUAAGCAAACAAAAAGUGGAGGGGCAAUUAAUAUCAGAAGACCUCCUAGACCUGUGAAGCAGUCAAACCAAAUCGCCCUACCCCCAUCUUUGCUCCUCAGUAAAACGGUGCAGGAUGAUCCAAAGGAGGUGUACAGUAAGGAAAAAGACGUGGCAGCCCUAACAGUGAUACAAACCACCGACACCAAUGCUGCAUCAUCGAAACCAGUAAUAGGUGGGCAGCAAGAAAUGAGCUUGAAGUGUAAAAAAAACGUGAAAUCUAAUGGUGAUAGCCAGGUUUCCACCACAGUUUCUGACACUGAGCGUCGUGAAGCUGUGUCGCGUAUUCUGGAAAGAAUUAAAAAAAGGAAGGCAGAGUCUAGUCGAAUGUCGCAAAACGUGGCUUGA